AUGAUGCAUGCAUUUUGCCUUGUAUUUGUCUUUCAGCUGCUCUCCAUUUCUGGGGCUAUGGAGAGCGGCAUCGUGGGCGGUAAGAAAGCAAAGCCUCAUUCCAGACCCUACAUGGCAUCACUGCAGGUUGAUGGAAGUCAUAAAUGUGGUGGGAUACUUAUUCGGGAGGACUUUGUCCUGACUGCAGCGCACUGCAAACUACCUGAGCAAAUGACAGUGGUACUUGGAGCACAUGACGUAACCAAGAAAGAGAAAAGUCAGCAAAGGAUUGAAGUGAAGUACCAUCCACAUCCGGAAUACAAUGGACAAUUUGAUAAUGACAUCAUGCUACUUGAGUUAAAAAAGAAUGCCACGCUUAAUAAGUAUGUAAAGACAAUUGGACUACCUAUGAAGGACAAUAAAAUUCCUGACAACAUAAAGUGUGAUGUUGCUGGCUGGGGCAAAACUGGAAAAAAGAGACCUCCAUCACACAUAUUGCGCGAGACCACGGAGAAGACACAAUCCAGCAAUGAGUGCAAAAACAAAUGGAAAGAACACUUCAAUAUUAUUCACAUGAUAUGCACCUCACACACCAAAAAGAAGGGAGGGGUUUGUCAGGGUGAUUCUGGUGGGCCACUUAUCUGCAACACCACGCCACAGGGGAUAACAGCAUUCACCGAGAAAUGUGACUGUAAUGAUCCCGAGUAUCCCCAUGUCUUCACUAAAAUCCAGGCCUUUCUACCAUGGAUUAAGAGAGUGAUGCAGGGAUUAGGCCAUGCUGAAUGAGCCAGAGCUGCUAUUUGAGGCCAAGAAUACUGCCCUUUCAUCUGUCUAUUAUAACUCAAACAUUUAGAAAGU